UUUUACAGCACACAACAUGUCCGAAGCAAAGUCACCAUCUAAGAAGAAGCCAGCUGCGCCCAAAAAGCCAGCCGAGCAUCCACCUUACGCAGACAUGAUCAAAGCUGCUAUCUUAGCGUUGAAAGAGCGAAAUGGUUCUUCCCGCCAAGCCAUCGAGAAGUACAUCAAAGCCAACUACAAGGUGGAUGAGGUUGGCUCGCACUUGAAGAUGGCUUUGAAGAGGGGCGCCACCAGUGGAAAGUUUGUCCACACCAAGGGAGUCGGUGCUUCUGGUUCGUUUAAGUUAGCUAAGGAGGAAAAGAAGGAGAAGAAGCCAAAGAAAAAGCCAGCCGCAAAGAAGAAGCCUGCAGCCAAGCCAAAGAAACCCGCCGCCAAGAAGACAGCGAAGAAACCAGCGGCGAAGAAGGUUGCAAAGAAACCCGCCGCUAAAAAGCCAGUAGCGAAGAAACCAGUGGCUAAAAAACCAGCGGCAAAGAAGCCUGCGGCUAAAAAACCAGCUAUAAAGAAGCCCGCAGCUAAAAAGCCCGCCAAGAAAGCAGCGAAGAAAUCGCCAAAGAAGACCACCAAGAAAUAAAAACCCAAGGAGGGAAGCAACUCUUCACCAAACGGCUCCUUUAGGAGCCACCACAUUUAAGAAAAAGUUAUUAUCAACUGAGUGUUGAUGUAGCCUUCGGUAAUCCAGUGUAAAUUCACGAUAUUUUCAAUCGUGGACCAUGAUAAAUGCAGUAGAGAGCAGAUUCGCAUUGAACCCGCUGACAAAUCUUUAAACUCUUGCAGUAACCCCCAUUUCAUUUCCUUUAACAGUAAUAUCCCAAAACAUUUCAUAAAAUCUUGAGAAGAAAGUUCAUUGUCUCCAACCUUGAAAUUUGAUUGUUGAACAAAUUGUUCUUGUCAGUACUAC